CGGGCAGAGCGGCUUCCGGGCAGAGCGGCGUGGGGCCGGACCGGUGAGUCCGCGGGUGGAGGCCCGCGCAGAGCGGAGAGCGUGGGCCGGCUGCCUGGGGCGGCUGGCGGCGCGAAGGGCCUUCACUCCCCGGGCCGGAGGCUGAAUGGCCUGACCGGCGUCAUGGGGAAUGAGGGUGUGAGGGAGCGUGCGGAAGAGGAGGGCCGUUUCCGUGUGGGAGCUGCGGGGGAACAUCUGGGGAAUGUCCCUACCGCAGAGCGCGAGCUUUGGGAAUUGGGACCCUGGGUUCGAGUUUUCGACCUGCCUCCAGCCAGGUGGCCUCGAGGGAGUGACGAAUCAUCGAUCCUCGAGUUCCGCACCUGAAAACAGGACAGUGGUCACCCGAGCCUGCCUCACAGCGCUUGCUGGGAUCAGGUCUGCGGACCAGCUUCCUGGCGUGGGCGUCGGUGCAGGUCGCAGUUGUUGGCAGGUAGCGGUCUGAGCUCCUGUGACAGGAAGCACGCCAACAGGCUUACGCGGGCUUUUCUGGGCUUGGGUUCCCAGGAAACAGAUUAGUGAUAUUUUGAGAAGAUGGGCUAUUAGGAAGUUAGUUCCAGGACCGACCUGAGGGGUCACCAAGUGCAUCUUUCUCCAGGAUGCGUUGUAAGCAUCCAGCUUCCCUUCCAGCGCCUUCAGUCACGGGGAGCUUCAUUCACACCGGUCCUGUGCCCGCAAUUUCCCGUCGCGCGCAGCUCUAACGAAAACAAACGUGCUUGUCUGCAGUGAGCCGCGAGUGUACCCACCUGCAGUGCCUACUCACCUUGUGUCUGAGCUUUCAGGGAAUUCAGUAACAAAAGUAAAAUACAUCUUGAUGUGAUGGAUGCAAGGAGCCACUUUUUAAAGAAUUGGAGUUUAAAAACGUUGAAAACACUUGCUUGGAGAAUCAAAAUGUUCAAUGUAUUCACUGUAUGUUACGUUACUACACAUCAUUAAACCUACAAGGGCAUCAACAUAGUUGUCGAAACAGUACAGAAGUUAGAAUUAGGUCACUUCUCUACUUCAAGAUGUUAAAGUGGAUCGCCAGAUUUCCUGCAGCAAAAGAGUCUCUUUCCGUGCUGUGGAGUGUUUGAUUCAGUGAGAGACUUGGAGCUUUAGUAAAUAAUACCUAAUUAUUACAGGUGCCACAGGAAACAGUGUUGCCAUAAACACCGUGUACAACUUGUCAAUAGAUUUUAAUUCCAGAAGUCCAUUUAUAGGAUAUUGAAUAAUAUAAUACAUUUAAGAAAAAAUGGAUGAAGAACCUGAAAGAACUAAGCGAUGGGAAGGAGGCUAUGAAAGAACAUGGGAGAUUCUUAAAGAAGAUGAGUCAGGAUCACUGAAAGCUACAAUAGAAGACAUUCUCUUCAAAGCAAAGAGAAAAAGAGUAUUUGAGCACCAUGGACAAGUUCGACUUGGAAUGAUGCGCCAUCUUUAUGUGGUAGUAGAUGGGUCAAGAACAAUGGAAGACCAAGAUUUAAAGCCGAAUAGACUGACAUGUACUUUAAAGUUGUUGGAAUACUUCGUAGAGGAAUAUUUUGAUCAAAAUCCUAUUAGUCAGAUUGGAAUUAUUGUGACAAAGAGUAAAAGAGCUGAAAAACUGACAGAACUCUCAGGAAACCCUAGAAAACACAUAACAUCUUUGAAGAAAGCUGUAGAUAUGACCUGCCAUGGAGAGCCAUCUCUUUAUAACUCCUUAAACAUGGCUAUGCAAACUCUAAAACACAUGCCUGGGCAUACAAGUAGAGAAGUCCUAAUCAUCUUUAGCAGCCUCACAACUUGUGAUCCAUCUAAUAUCUAUGACCUAAUCAAGACCCUAAAGACAGCUAAAAUUAGAGUGUCUGUUAUUGGAUUGUCUGCAGAAGUUCGGGUUUGCACUGUACUUGCUCGUGAAACUGGUGGCACAUACCAUGUUAUUUUAGAUGAAAGCCAUUACAAAGAAUUGCUAACACAUCAUGUUAGUCCUCCUCCUGCUAGCUCAAGUUCUGAGUGCUCACUGAUUCGUAUGGGCUUUCCUCAGCAUACCGUUGCUUCUCUGUCUGAUCAAGAUGCAAAGCCCUCUUUCAGCAUGGCAUACUUAGCCUCAGUUUUAUCAUUUGACAGUUCAGCCAUUGUCUUUAUGAGGUUUGGGCUACUCAUAUGUCUCUCUGCUGUCAUGUCAGGUCUUACUUUGGUGUCUGCUCCCCAUUUGGCACGGUCUUACCAUCAUUUAUUUCCUUUGGAUGCUUUUCAAGAAGUUUCCCUAGAAGAACAUAAUGGCGAAAGAUUUUGUUACGGAUGUCAGGGGGAAUUGAAAGACCAACAUGUCUAUCAUUGCACUGUGUGCCAAAAUGUUUUCUGUGUGGACUGUGAUGUUUUUGUUCAUGACUCUCUCCACUGUUGUCCUGGCUGUAUUCAUAAUAUUCCAACUCCUUCAGGUAUUUGAUUCCAGCAUAUAGUACACAUUAUAUGUGUUAAAAAGAAACUUGCAACUGUAAAUAAAAUGAUUCUUUUGAAGAAGCUCUAAUUAAAACAUGAAAAGCAGUUCAAAAGGAAAA